ACCGUCAGGUCCCAUUUAGCGAAGACAAAUUGAUGAACUUCUCCAGUAUUUACAUCUUUUGUAACUUUUUAAGACUUAUUUUUAUUUUAUUUUAACUUUUACAGGUAUUUCUGUUCGGUGUUUCUGGCCGUUGACAAGGUUUCUUUUGGUUUUAAGCUGCAGCAUGCGCGUCCGCAAACAGGGAGUGGCAAAAUUUAAAGACUUGAAUUUGCCGUAACUCCUCGCAAGUUUUAAACGGCGGUAAAGUUCCUGUGUGCGGAUCCAAUGGCCCACCCGUCGUCGGUAAUCACGCAAGUAAGAAGAGAGGAGGAGGAGGAGGGGGAGGAAAAUGCCUGUCUUCGUGAGGAAGGUUCUGUUGCUGUUUCCAGCUCAAAGAAGUCUUACAGCAGAGGUUUUCUUCGCCGUCUUUUCAGUUGUCUGUGUAACAAAGACGCCAAACCACCUCCAGUAAAAAUCAACGCCCCUCUCUCGCUAGAAGAAAAUGGGACAAAACUGCCAGGAGAACCACUGCUCCCACAGAUGGAAUCAAAUGAUGAAGGAAAAAUCUGUGUGGUCAUUGAUUUGGAUGAAACACUAGUGCAUAGUUCAUUUAAGCCAGUGAACAAUGCAGAUUUUAUCAUUCCAGUGGAAAUUGAUGGAACAGUUCACCAGGUGUACGUGUUAAAGAGACCCCACGUCGAUGAAUUCCUAAAGAGGAUGGGAGAAAUGUUUGAGUGUGUUCUGUUCACCGCAAGCUUGUCAAAGUAUGCAGACCCUGUGUCAGACCUGUUGGAUAAAUGGGGGGCCUUCCGGAGCCGUCUUUUCCGGGAAGCUUGCGUCUUCCACAAAGGAAACUACGUAAAAGACCUGAGCCGUUUAGGAAGAGACCUCAACAAGGUUAUCAUCUUGGACAACUCCCCAGCCUCCUACAUCUUCCACCCCGAAAAUGCAGUUCCUGUAGCAUCCUGGUUUAAUGACAUGUCAGACACUGAGCUCCUCGAUCUUAUCCCGUUCUUUGAGAGACUAAGCAAGGUGGACGACAUCUAUGACAUUCUCAAACAUCAGAGUACUUCACAGAGUUAACAGAGGCGGGAUAAUAGGAUGAAGAUGAGCACCAGCGGCUGUCAUCCGGGGGCCACGGAGGCCGGUGGGCAGAAGGCUCCACAGUGCUUCCCAAUACAAGGACCACACUGCAAUAAAGGGCUGUCAUUUAAUCUAAGAUUGUCACAGCAGUACUGCUUACAAAGUGACAGCAGCCUUCCAGCUGGGUUGAGUGCUGCUGUACAGGCAGUUGACCUGAACGUUGUGACAGAUCUGUUUUUCUUUUUUGUGAUGUCCAAGAUGGUUCAUAUGUGAUUAAAUAACUUCUGGAGAUAUCUUUUGCAGUGCAGCUAGCGUGUUGUUGUUGUUGUUGUUGUUGUCGUUUUGUGACAGCACUGACCUUUGUAAGUUUGCUGUAAAGCUAGAUUGUGCGAGCAGUUGUUCAGCGUCAUUUUACAAAUUCACCACUAUCAGUCAUUUUAAUGUCAGUGAAGCAAAAGCAUUUGAAGUUUUCACACAGCAAAUAACACACCACUGAAGACUGUAUAUUAGCUCCUGCUGAGCUAAUAUAUAUACAAAAAAACGUUCAUCUUGUAUUGCUUAUUUUGAUGUUUUCUUAAUAUUGUAUAUUUUACUGUAUGUCUCUGAAAAGCUUUGAAUAGAAUAUACCAUUUAAUGUAGCACUUGCUUUUACAUGUAAAAGACGUUUUUCUUUCUUCAUCUUUUUUUUUUUUUUUUUUGCAAUAGAAAAAAAAUAUCCAUUAGUCUGCUGUUAGUGAAUAUACACUGCUCAAGAAAAUUAAGGGAAUACUCAUCACAGUCCGUCUGGUAAGGAAGCAGAAACCAAUGAAUCCAUUGCACCUACUUAAAUCAAAGCUACGACAGCUACACUGGAGAGAUGACAACAAGACAACCGACAAAAAGUGAGCAUUUUUCUUUAGUUUUGCUUUUUGUUACUGUUCUUGUCAUUACUGGUAGCAUGAGAGCAGCUCAUUCAGGUUGCACAGGUAGUCCAGCUUCUCCAGGAUGCUCCAGCAUCCGUAGAUGCUAAUACAAGAAUCUUUGCUGUGUCUGCCAACACAGUCUCAAGAGUGUAGAGGCCAUAUCAAGAGAUGGUUCUUUACACAAGGAGAGCUGGAUUAUGCUGAUUAUGCGACUUAGCAAAAGGGCCGGUAUCGUCUUCUUCUGCAAGAAGGAACAGGAGGAGCAUUGCCAAAAUGGCCUCUAAACAUGGGAGGUCCACCACUGGCACCACAUUCUCUUCACAGAUGACAGCAGUUGACACUGAGCACGUCUGUAAGAUGUGAUAGAGUCUGAUACUGUGGUGAGCAUUAGCCAGGAUGGCUGGUGUGGCAGUGGUUUAGUGAUGAUCUAGGGAGGCGUUUCCAUGGAGGGUCACACAGAUCUCCAUGUGUUCUUGAACCGUACCUUGAUCAUUGUUAAGGAUAAAGUUCUCAGAGCCACUCUCAGAUGUUAUGUAGGUGCAGUGAAAGACAAUGGCUGGCCGCAUGUAGUUUGUGCGUAAUUCCAGAAUGACAAAGACACUGAAGCCAUGGAGUGGAUCUUACAUUCAUCAGAAGAUGACUCCAGCUGAGAAAUUGUCGUACAUCUGAUGCUGUGACCUGUCGCCACAGACUCUUCAGGAACUCAUAGAUGACGUGAUCCAAAUCUAGGAAGAGAUCAUCCAGCAUACUGUACACCAUGUCACCAGGAGCAUAAGUUGGAUCGCCUGUGAUCUCCAUUUUAAGGAGUAACAUCCUCAGUCUGUCGGGCAGGUGGGCACUGGAGAGCAUAGACACCUAAUUUGUAAACACAAUAACUCAAAAAUUCUUCUUCGUUCGUUAGGAAGUCACCUAGGAUUUUCAGAUUGAUACCAUGGAUGCAUCUGCUAGGAGGCUGAGGGGUAGCACCAAUAUUUUUAUUAACUAACUUUAUUUAAAGGUCUCAUAGUGCUGAUGAUUCUGGUUUCACGUGACUCACCUGAUUUUAAAAUAACAUUUUAUUUAUCAAAUGCAAAGUAAGUGUUCCCCUAAUUUCUUUGAGCAGUGUAGUUUUUAUUCCGUUACUAAAUCCUAGCAUUAGUGGGAUAUGUGAAAAUCAUUUUAGAAGAUGACUGUAUAUAACAGAUGGGUGCAGCUUUGGGGUCUAAACGUGAAGCAGAAAUUCCUCAAACCUGCAUUUUUUAUUUCUCUCUCGAAGCAUGGGACUUUACAAACCAAUGGGUGAUGUCAUGAGAGCUACAUCCAUCUUUUAUAUACAGUUUAUGGUUAUGCAGUUCCAGGCAUGAACACCAGGUUCUUUUAUUUUUGCAAUUUCAACCUGUAAGGCUUGUAAGGCUUCUAAAGCUUAGUCAGGCUUUGUUGUACUGUAUAUGCAGAUGGGUGGCAAAGGAAAAACCAGUGUCAGGUUUCUCAGUAAGAACGACUUCAGCGUUGAUUUAAUUAGUUCCUUCAACUCUAGUGGAUAGGAUAACACUCUGCCAAAUGAUAUUACCUCAUCUGGUGUUUUGUUGUUGCUAAUGGAGAGAGUUGUCAAACAUGCCAGCCCCAAAUCUCCCUUAGUUAUUCACUUGGGUCGAGAUGUUAUGACUGCAAAGUCCAAAGUAUGAUUUAUAUAUGUUCAGUAUGGAAGAAACCAACAGUUUAAAAAUGUGUUAUUCAGAGGAUCACUUUUAUAGAAUAAUAACUUUGAAAUGAUUUUUUUUCCCCUUUUAAUGGAGUAAGGUGCCUAAACUCUGCCAGAGGUACAACAGCCACAGCAGGAGUCAAGGGUUCAGGUUUUUCCUUUAAUUUGUCACCCACUGUUUAGCUCUGGAGUAGCAUUAAGAAGCAGAUUUACACCACACUGACUGAAGGUCACACACGUGUACAACAGCAAAAGUGGGUGAGGCUAUUUUUUUGUUUAUUUGUUUUUUUGUAAAUACGUUUAUCAGGAUUUUAUUGUGAUCUAGUUUUAAUGUUUUUCUGAGUUAUCACUUGUGUUAGCCAUCAGUAAUGUAAUAUUUGAUGCAGUCUUGGAUAAGUUUGAUUUGACUUUGCCUACUGUCAGUAAACUUGAAUGUGGCGUGUACGACCUUAUCGAUCUGUAUAUUCAGUUUGAUUUGAGGGGAAUUUGCCACAUGUGCUCAAAUCCCGAUUUUGUAUUUGUGUGUGUGGAUUUCAGAGUGAUUGCAUUAGUUUAUCUCUAUUAGUUUUACUUUAAACAAAAGAAAAACCAUAAUCUGUCUUGAAGUAUUCAUUUAUCUUUUGGAACAUAUGCAACAAGAUGACUCUACUCAAGUAAAGAAGCUGGUUUAAAUGAGCGCGUUCCUUCAACUGCAGCUAAUAACAGUCAACGCUGGGGGAAAAAAAGACGAGAUACUUUCACCUUCCAUCAAUAAAGCAUGUUUUAU